AUGGCGGAAGCCAUCAUCGUCAGCAUUGCUGGAGAGAUCAUCGCCAAGUUGGUUCCUCAAGCACUGGAAAAGGUUGGAAAGUUAUGGGGCAUCAAGCAUGAACUUGAGGUGCUCAAGGACACAGUCUCCACGCUUCAGGCUGUACUACACGAUGCAGAAGAAAAAUAUUAUCAGAGUCGCCAAAUCCAAGUUUGGCUUGAGAAACUGAAAGACGCUUUCUAUGACGCCCAGGACGUGCUCGAAGAACUCAACAUAGCAACUGUGCGACGAGAACUGAGAGGCCACAAUAAAAUGAUCAAGGAGGUAAGGACAUUUUUCUCAAGUUCAAAUCAGCUUGCUUUUAAACUGAACAUGAGUUACAAAGUUAGAGCAGUGAGGGGAAGAAUAGAAGCCAUUAACGCUGCUAGGAGAUUCCAUUUGGACGAGUGCCCUGUGGACUUGCGAGUAGAGAGAGAGUGGUGGAAGAGAGAAGAGACGCAUUCAUUCAUACGUGAGGGAGAUAUUACUGGGAGAGAUGAUGAUAAGAAGAUGGUAAUGAAAUUUUUACUUGAUUCAGAUGUGAAAGAGCACGUUGCCAUCCUUCCAAUAGUUGGUAUUGGUGGGCUUGGAAAAACGGCUCUUGCUCAAUGGGUUUAUAAUGAUGAGAGGGUCAGUAAACAUUUUGACUUGAAAAUGUGGGUAUGUGUCUCUAGUGAUUUUGAUAUGAAAAAAGUAGUGAAAAAAAUCAUAGCUUGUGCAAAGAAGAAAGAAUCAACCGAGGUUGCGAUGGAACAUUUGCAAAGUGAACUAAGGGCAGAAAUUGAUGACAAGAGAUAUCUCUUAGUUUUAGAUGAUUUGUGGAAUGUAGAACGAAAAACAUGGUUGAGCUUGAAAACUUUAUUAGUGGGAGGUGCUAGAGGAAGCAAGAUCCUUAUAACUACACGCAUUCCUUUGGUUGCGGAGAUCACCAGCACUGCUCCACCUCAUCUUCUUGGGGGCUUGUCUGAAAGUGCAUCCGUUGAUAUAUUAAUGCAAAUGGCUUGUCGAAAAGAAGAGGAGAUACAAGAUCCUGACAUGCUAGCUAUUGGCAAAGAGAUAGUUAAAAAGUGUUCCGGGGUUCCAUUGGUUGUCCGAACUAUUGGGAGUUUACUAUUCUUUAAGAAAACUAAACCCGAAUGGUUACAUUUUAAAGAUAAUGAACUCCCAGAAGUGUCUCAAAGGGAAGACAGCAUAAUAUCAGUUCUUAAGCUAAGUUAUGACUAUCUUCCUUCACAUUUGAAACAAUGUUUCACGUUCUGUUCAUUAUUUCCCAAAGAUUAUGAGAUAAAGAAGCAGACUUUGGUCGAUCUUUGGGUGGCAGAAGGAUUUAUCCAGCCAUCAAAUAGAAGUCAGCAUUUAGAAGAAAUUGCCCAUGGGUAUUUCAUGGAUCUACUUUGGAGUAACUUCUUCCAAGAUUUUAAAAAAGAUCCAAUCACGAAGGCAGAGACUUGCAAGAUGCAUGAUUUGAUGUGUGAUCUAGCCUACUUAGUUGCUGGAACUGAGAGUUGUGUGGCAUGGGCUGACACAAAAUCUAUAAAUGAAAGAACUCGUCAUAUAUCUCUUGGUUUAACUUUCAGUUUGAUGGGUGAACUCCCCGUCUCGGGCUUGAAGGCAAGUGCAUUGAGAACAAUUCUUUCUGUUGUACCAAAGCCUACGACUUACUGGGAAAUGAAACAAAGAGAACCACCAAGUCAAGCAGAUCUAUGCCAACUCAUUAAAAGUUUCAAGAGCUUACGCAUCUUGGAUCUACAUGCAACAAAUGUAAAGAAGGUCCCAAGAAAAGCUCUUGCUAAGAAUUAUUGCGGACUUGAGGAGCUAAAUGGGCUUAAUAACAUCCAGGGAAGCCUUAGCAUUGAAAAUUUGGGACACAUAAUAGAUGCAGUAGCAGAAUCUAGAGCUGCGAAUUUGAUAGGGAAGCAUUCUUUGAAAUCUGUUGAACUUCGAUGGGGCUAUCUCGAUAUUGAUGAUGCAUCAAUUGGGGAUAGAGAUGAAGCUCUAUUAGAUGGACUGAGGCCACACUCAAAUUUGCAGAACUUAACAAUUGAUGGAUAUAAAGGUGGAGCUUUCCAAGGUGGAUGA